AUGGAUACACCAAAUAAUAGAGGUAUUAAUAUAAGGUUUGUAACUAAUAAGAAAGUUUUAUGGCCUGAAGAUGUUGCAGCCAAGUUAUUUAGUCAAUAUCAGACGAUGUUGGCGACUAAACUUUACACAAAAGAUAUGGAAAUCGUUGAAAUCUUGUCAGGCACAACACCAUUUAAAGGCGUUUAUACAUUGGAACAAAUUAAAUCAAAGAUUAAGAACCAAAAGCAUUCUUUAUCAAUGAAGAACUUAGCACUUCAAAAAACAUCACAACAAAUUGAUUCUUCACCUCCACAAACUCCAACUGUAAAAAUCUUUACUUUGACUUUAUUUAAAAUUUAUUGGUAA